CGCUUCCGGCCCGGGGCCUCAUUCCCGCUUCCGGCUGCCGAGGGAGUCGGUUGGCGCUUCAGUCAGGAUGUGGGCCUUGGGGGAGCCCGGCCGCCCGCCCUCGCCUUCGCCUUCCCCGGCCUCGGUCUCCUCCUCCGCGGGGCCCGCCUUCCGCCCGCUCAGCGCCGAGGACGAGGAGCAGCUCCCGGCCGAGGUGGAGUCCCUCUGCAUGGCCUGCUUCCGGAACGGCGUGACUCGGUUGCUGCUGACCAAGAUCCCCUUCUUCAAAGAGAUCAUCGUCAGCUCCUUCUCCUGCAGCCACUGCAACUGGACCAACGCCGAGAUCCAGUCAGCCGGAAGGAUCCAGGAGCAAGGAGUCUGCUACACACUGACUGUGCGGAGCAAGCAGGAUAUGAAUAGGGAAGUGGUGAAGACUGACUGUGCCACAGCUAGAGUCCCAGAGCUAGACUUUGAAAUCCCUGCUUUUUCUCAGAAGGGAGUUCUUACCACUCUUGAAGGGCUCAUCGACAGAGCCGUUGCAGGGCUGGAGCAGGACCAGCCGAGACGCCGGGAAACAGAUGCAGCCCUGGCUGAAAAGAUUGACGGGUUCGUCUCCAAGUUGAAGCGCUUGAAGGAAGUGGAUUCACACUUCACUUUUAUUCUAGACGACCCCUCAGGAAACAGCUUUGUGGAGAACCCUCGGGCCCCGCUGCGAGAUGAAGCCCUGGUGGUCACCCACUACUGGAGGACGGCUCAGCAGGCGGCCAUGCUGGGCCUCGAGGCCGAGAAGCCCCAGGAGAACUCAACCGACACAGAGGAUGAUCUGAGAAAUGAGGUGCUGCAGUUCAACACAAACUGCCCCGAAUGCAAUGCGCCUGCCACUACGAACAUGAAGCUGGUGCAGAUCCCGCACUUCAAGGAAGUCAUCAUCAUGGCGACCAACUGCGAGGCCUGCGGGCACCGGACGAACGAGGUCAAAUCCGGAGGGGCCAUAGAGCCCUUGGGCACCAAGAUCACCCUUCGCGUGACUGACGCCUCCGAUCUGACGAGGGACGUUCUCAAGUCGGAAACCUGCAGAGUGGAAAUCCCGGAGCUGGAGUUCGAGUUAGGAAUGGGCGGCCUGGGGGGAAAGUUCACGACUCUGGAAGGACUGCUGAAGGACAUCCAGGCCCUGGUGGAAAGGAACCCCUUCACCCUCGGAGACAGCUCUAACCCGGACAGAACGGAGAAACUCCAUGCGUUUGGAAGGAAACUGCAGCAGAUCCUGGAUGGGCAGCUCAAGGUCCACUUGAUCCUGGACGACCCUGCAGGCAACAGCUAUCUCCAGAACACCUACGCUCCCGAGGAAGACCCCGAGAUGGCUGUGGAGCGCUACGAGCGGUGCUUUGAGCAGAACGAGGAGCUGGGCCUGAACGACAUGAAGACGGAGGGCUACGCGGAUGAGGCCUCUCCCCAGCGGUAGCAGUGCCCCUUCCCGGCCACGGAGGGACUCCUCGGAGGCGGGCGUUCGCCCUCCGCAAGCUUGACCAUGCAAUAAAGCUGAGCCAGGGCUCGGUUGGACACUC